UGACUUGUAGCGGAGACUGGGGCCAGAUGACAGCGAAAGAAAAUUGUCAGCACAAUUGGGGGUGUCAAAAUUGCUGUCAAGUGUGUGUGUACCAUUCGGUUGCAGAGAUAAUCGAAGGAAAAUUGUAUAAUUCUCGUGAAAAAUGAUUCGCUUCAUUCUCAUACAAAAUCGCGCUGGUAAGACGCGUUUAGCGAAAUGGUACAUGAAUUUCGAUGACGACGAGAAACAGAAACUAAUCGAAGAAGUUCAUGCUGUGGUGACGGUUCGAGAUGCGAAACAUACUAACUUCGUAGAGUUCCGUAACUUCAAAAUUGUCUAUCGUCGUUAUGCGGGUCUCUACUUUUGCAUAUGCGUCGACGUCAACGACAACAAUCUUUGCUACUUGGAAGCCAUCCAUAACUUUGUCGAAGUGCUCAACGAAUAUUUCCAUAACGUUUGCGAGUUAGAUUUGGUGUUCAACUUCUACAAGGUCUACACCGUUGUGGAUGAAAUGUUUUUGGCUGGUGAAAUUCGGGAAACAUCACAAACAAAGGUCUUAAAGCAAUUGUUGACUCUCAACUCAUUAGAGUAGAUUACACUCAUCCAAUCCUGAUUGAAUUUUUGUUGCAUGGGAGUGUGCAAAGUGAACGCAACAUACUCUUUAUUAUCGUAUAUACAAAUAUGCCAUUCAUUCCUCUGUUCGUUUUUUAAGAAUUGAUUUUUUAUUGGAUAAUGUGAAAAUUCAUAUAUUUAUCAUGGCUGCAGAAUUUGAGUUCGUGAACUGUGAACGAGAAAGUCGAAUAUUAUACACGCAUAAAUUACCAAAUAAUGUAAGUAAAUGAAAAGAUUUAAUGUUAUGAAAUAAAAAAGUAAGUGAUAGAUA